GACUAUGGCUGACAGAUGGCCUUUCUAGUGGUUUUCCUUCGCUUUCAAGGCUACCGGAACCGGUACCACUUGCACCUCUGCGGUCCACGGGCCUGGCUUUGAAUCAUGAGACACGUCAAGUCCCCCCCCCUUGCAGCCACCUUUGCGUGGGAUACCGGAACCGUACCUAAACUGGCUCUAGCUAGAGUUGUGGCUGGAGCCUGCUAACUAUCGCUGCUAGCUAGCGAAGGUGCAUGUACAUGUACCAGCCUUGAUGCUACCGUGACACCAAAAAAGAAAGGAACAGAAAAAAGUUGUGCUGCUUGGCGGCAAUUGGCGGAAGGGAGCAAAGAUCUCUCGCAUGCCAACUUUGGCGAGAAACUCCCAUUUGAUGUCUGGCCUUCACCCUUUGAUCCAUGACUGUUGUUCUUUGUAGGAGCUGUAGUAUAGAUCGCACAGCUGCUCAUUUGAUUCCGGAGAAAAAGCAGACACACGGAACACAAUCCCUUGAAAGGCUGCCACCACAACGGAAACAGAGGCUUCAGUUUUAUUUCUGCAGCUUCAGGUUUACUGCGCUCUCCUCCAAGCAGCCAUAACUUGCAUGGUUUGACAUUACCCAGAGCAUCAAUCAGAUCAACACACAAGAUGGAUUCCAGCAUGAACAGGUCACGAAGCAGCCGAAGAACCAGCAGAGGUUUGGGCGAUUCUAGCCACCACAGAAGCCGUCGCCGUUCGAACCGAUCGCCAUCGCCCUUUCGAAGACAUUCCCUCCGGAUGGUUCCUCCCCCGCGACCUCGAUUUGGCAUUGGGACCACUGCCCACAUGCUCCCUACCAGCAGUCUGAGUCCAGCCAAGACUGUCUUUUCCAGCAAGCAUCGUCUUAUAAAACGGAACUUGCCUUUCUAUCAAUCCAAGAAUACCCUACGAGUCACCAAUCAACAUUCCGAGUUGCGCUUGUUUUCGUUGCUGUUCAAUGAUUGGUUCCAUGUGGGCCUCCGAUUGAAUUUGUGGUUAUCCUUAUUCCUUCUACUCAGUGUUUGGACCAUUUGCAUUCUAAUCUUUGCCGCAAUCUACAUGAGAAUUGAUAGAGAUCGCCUCGAUGAGAAUUGUGGUCUAGGAGCUCCUGGACAGCCGAUUCAGUUGGGACCGGCAUUUGCAUUCUCAUUGGAGACUUGUACUACUGUUGGAUAUGGCCUGCCAAACGGAACCAAUGCCUUCUUUGAAAACCAGUGCCCUGAUAUCGUUGUGGCCAUUUACUUUCAAAUGGUCUGGAGUAUGAUGUUCAAUGCAUUCUUAUUUGCAUUUUUCUUUGCGAGAAUUGCCAAGUGCGAAUCACGUGGAAUCCAAGUCAUUUUUUCCAACAAGGCUAUCAUCAGCAAUCGGCCAGAUGUGCCAUAUCCGUGCUUCUCAUUUCGAGUGUUUGAUGUCGAUGGAUCCUUCCCAGUGGUAGAAGCUCAUGUCAGAAUGUAUGUUGUCACACAAAAAUCACCCAUCCCAAUUCCUCUUCGAAUCGUUAUCCCGAAUGAUGACUAUGGGUCGAUGCUGAUGCUCAGUCUUCCCAGUCAGGUUGUGCAUGCUAUGGAUGCUUACAGCCCCAUGGUGCCACAGGCAAAACCCAGAUGCCUCGCGUCACCUACUGUGCCCCAUGGUGGCUUGCACCUACGGCAAGUGGAUGCUCUAACCAACAACCGUGAUGAUGUGAUUUGUCCUGUCUGUGGGGAAUCCUAUGGGACGGUGGAACGACUGAUCAAGCAUGGCAAAUUCAAUUCUAUGACGGAAACUCAUGAUGAUAUUCCCUUUAGAGGAAGUCACAGAGAGGUAGAUUGGGAUGAUUGGGCAAGAUUGCUUGAAAAGUCAACAACCUGGUCACUGCAGCAGCUGGAACAGUUCUUUCGAUCGGACAUUUCAGAAGUAUUGUGCAUUGUAGAGGGCAUUGAUCCACUGGCUUCGGGUACCUUUCAGGCUAUUCAGUCCUAUCAAGUGGAAGACAUUCACUUUGGUGAAGCCCACUUUGCAGAUUGUGUUUGCUUGGACAUCAACCAAAGCCUUGUUGUCGACCUGGACUUCUUUCACAAAAUCACACCCAACGUACCAAAGGGACCAGAUUCGGAUCGAUCCCGCGGGGGUCAGUAUGAUGAAUCAGAUAUUAGCAUUGUGAGUGGUGUGGAUAGCUUGAAGAGGACUCCAUCAGAUGUUGGAAAACUCCACGAUUCUACAGCUGAGGUUGACCUAGAUUCUGCUGAAAAGGAGAACGGCGAGAAACCGGUUUGGAUGAAACUCAAUCUACGACAUGUCCCAACACCCGAAAAUGCAACAACCCCCACCGAACCUGAAAACACAAUAUCCCCCGCAGAACCAAACCAUGAUGACAAGGUGGAUGACAACAAUUUGGAACCACGUCGAUUAGAUUAUGACAACAAACCCACAGAGGAACAAGUCCAGUCUGGAGAUUUGAAACCACAUUCUGGAGAAGAACAGCCAGUGACCACUCCCGCACCACCAGCAAUUGUCAAAGAAAACUCAUUCAAAGACGGCUCGUUCCGAUUGCCCGAUCCCAUUCCACAGACGAGUGUCGGACCGGCACGACGGUUCACAGCUCCAUCAACGGACUAUGAACGCCCUCCUCCAUUGUUUACACUUGACAGUGAUCUGCAGGAGGACCAUCAAACUGCAACCGGGAGACAACCAAGCAGUCGGUCUUCUAUGCCCGGCAACAUGAUGAACUCAUUGGUCACCGGAAAGUUUUGAAGGCCACCAUGAACAUUUGAAACUGCAGUAGGUUGUGAUGUAUGUAUACAGUAGAACAAGCAAGCAAAAGAUAGUAUUGAAGACCACAGUAUCUCUAAACCAUUGAGUUCUUCACAGU